AUGGCACUGAGAGGCCCGGCUCAGAAUCAGAUUGCGGCGUUCUUGCGGCGCACUCCGGCGUCCGGACGUGGCGGAGCGUCCAGCGCCAGACUCAACCUCACUCUAAAACCCAAAGCCAUCUCUGUCAGAGGAACAAGGCUUCUCAGAGGAACAAGUGGUUAUAUGGUGGUGAGAAUAGUGCAGGCAUUGAGGUCAUUGAGGAUUCAAGCUCCCAUCACAGUUAAUAAACUCACACUUGAUCUGAAACUUGAACAGUGGUCAGAAAUAAAGCUGUCCAGGAUCCUGAGCAGUUUAGCCAUCCUUCUGAGACUCUGGACUGUCCAGUGUUUGAACUUGACUGAAUACAAGAUUCAGUCUGUUUCUGUGUUUGACCUACUGUGUCACCAGGGACCAGUGACUCUCAGACCAUCGAAGGAGACUCUCCAGAAGCUGGUUGAAUGUGUCUGCGAAGCCCAGGAAGAGGAACUGACUCAGUGCUUCCUGCAGAAAAUGGGCGGGGAUCUGUCUUCCUGUUCCCUAAACUGGGAAGAGCUUCAUUACUUCCUACUGCACAAAAUUCAACACAUUGCUGUGGACUUCAGAAAGAGCAAAAUUCAAUGCAGAAUCACUGGAAUUCUACCAUUUCUGAACAGGAUUCAGUUUAAACGGAUGAGCUCUAGCUUCAUGCUGUCUGUAAUCAGAGAGAUCUAUGAGUCCGGCUCUGUCAGUUUUGUGUCCAGUCUGUUGAGUUCAGUGGAGAACUACAUUAACCUGCAGAGCAGAGAACUGGACUCUGUUCACUCUGCGGCCCUGUGCUUCACACUGCAGCACUGCACUGCAGUUUCACUCAAUCUACAGUGGACCUCCAUACCAGAGGAAGAGCUGGAGAGCAUUCUGCCUCUCUUCACACAUGUGUCCUACCUUAGUGUUGACAGGCUGCUGUUACUGAAGAUGCUUCACUGCUGCAGUGUCUCUGAUGUCCAGCAGGAGGCAGCAGUAGUUCUGCUCUCCGUCUUGGAGCACAAGCUGGACUUCUCCUGCCGUUCUGCUGUGGAUCUGACAACAAACGCAGACUCAGACCUUCUACAUCUGACCGCUGAUGACUGCCGUGUGACGACCACAGUCAUUCAGAGAGCUAAUUCAGACACAAAGACACAGCUGAUUCUACAGGAUUGUGAGAUUAAUACAGCUGGAAUGGAUCAACUGUUCCCAGUGUUACAUUCUGUUCAACUCUGUUUCUGGCUCAUGUGAGGCCUGAGGAAGCCAAGUCUCUUUCUAGAGCUCUGGGUGAAGAGCUCAACCUCAGUCAGACUCAGCCGGACCCGCAGGUCUGUAGAGGUCUGACGCUGAUUCUGGAAUAUUCUGAAGGACUGACAGACCUGGAUCUGAGUCAGUGCCAUCUCACUGAUGACAGCCUGGAUCUGCUGCUCCCAAACCUCCACAAAGCACAAAACAUUGAUUUUAGUGGCAAUAGCAUCACUGACACUGGGGCUCAGAAAAUCGUCACUCACAACAGCAACAUAAAGACAGUAAGGCUCUUCAACAACAGAAUUGAAUUCAAAGAGCUCUUCUGCACAGACCCAUGAUUUGAGAUCUGGAAUCUCUUUAAUCAACAAGCAAGUGAAAUAACCAGUAGAGAAUAAUAAGGUAACGGCUGUAAACACUCUUUGAGGAAUCUGCCCAUCAGAGUCCCAGAGAUGAAUCAAGCCACCAGAUUGUAAACAACAUUCAUUUUUAUCAUCACUUUCAAUCAUAAUCAGCAGUGGGUUUCUGUUGCACUAACUGUGUUUUGUGACAUGACAACAUCAAUCUCCUAUGUAAACUGUCUUUCCCCUUCUCCGCCCUUUAUAUUAUUUUAUUUAUUAUUAUUAUUAUUAUAUGCAGAGUCAUGACAGUUCUGAAUUUUUAUUGUUUUUAUAUACAUUUUUAAUUUUGCCUUUUCAACUUAGUAUUUGUUAGUUCUUAUUCUAUAUUUUUUUCUUGUUUUAUUUUAUUGAUUGAUUUUUGUAAAAACCUUGUCAGCGCUAAAUUUCUGAGCACAGUUUAGUGCUAUCAUGUAAUCUGCGUAAUCAGAAUAAACUAGGAGUCUUUUAUUUAUUUUUUUAUUUGCAUAUUAAAAAUUGCUAAAAGAAAUUGCAUGUAAAACUACUGGAAUAAAUCCUUAUAAAUGCCGAAAAAUGCUUUUGAUAGCCUAUAUUUCAAGAAAAAUACUGCAGCUUUGACAUCUUACUGUUUUAAUAUCGACAUCAUUCCAGUAGAGGACAGCAAUGAUUUAUUAAUAACAAGAGCACAGAAAAUCCACAGCGAAGAUGACAAGGAGGAGAUAGACAUGAAAACAACCAAAAUCAAUAACAAGAGCGUUUAUGCUGCUGAUUAGCUGAUCUUCUCCUUUUCAUCCUAAAGAAGAGAAAGAUCAUUUGCAAACAGGAAGUGUUUCACUGUCUGAACUCCAGUGUUUACUGCAAACGCAUUUCAAGAGACAUUAUACUCAGGAAAUCACACUUACCUCAUUUUUGUGACUGAAAUGUUUGACUAGUUUGCUUUUGUUUUAUACCUACCUGUUACUGUAUGAAAUAAA